UUCUUACAGCGAGGUGGUGAAAACACGUGGUGGUGCAAUAGGGAAAAUAUUUUGCGACUGAAGUGGUUAUUUCCUUUGAGCAAGACAGUUAUCCCGAAGGGCACAUAUUACGUUUGAAAUAUAAGAAUUGCUGUUAAUUGUCAUUAUAAAAAGCAUUGGUCAGUACGCCAUCUCCUGACAAGUGAAUGCUAACAGUGUGAAAAAUGGAACUGAAAGGUAUUGUGACAGUAGCAGUUCCAGCAAUGGCUACAGUGCUAGUGGUAGGCUUACUUUGGUAUACAUCUAGAAAGAAACAUAAAGAUGAAGAGAACAAGGACAAAGAGGAAGUGGGACAGGUUUCUGUACCAAAAAAAGUCUGUCCGGAAGAAAAAGAUGAGAAUGAUCUGAAGAUAGAUACAAAAAUUGAUGCCCAUGAAGAGAGUAAUAUGGUGGAAGAAAACAGCAGUGUGUGCUUGCCUCUGAAAGUUAGUCUCUCUCCAAACAGUAACUUGGAAACGUCUGCAGUUUGUCAGUCAAGUCCGACACUACCAGUGUCUGGAGAACCAGAGAAUGAAUUUGAUACUCCUGAAGUAGCUACAUGUAAUUCUAUUUCUGAAAGUGUUUUGACGAAAGGUGGCUCUCCAGUGCCUGUGAAUGAAGAAGUCCACUCUCAGACCAUGGAGAGUGCCCUGGAAAGGUCUCCAUCUAAAUCCAUCAAACUGAGGCACAAUGAGUUGGGCUGUGACACAGUAGAUGGUGGGAUGUCUGGUGUAAAUGGUGAGGCAAGCAGUCAUGAAUCUGGGCAUAGCGAACAUUCAGACACAAGUGGAUGUGUGGGUGCCUCAUCUGAAGUUCAAAUCAGAGAAGAAGAGUUUGACAGCAGUGCUAAUGGAGGUGGCAUGAAUGGGUUGAAUGCAAAUAAUCAAAUUGAGAAAGACUCCCACACAAGCAAUGGGGUGAUGUCAUCAGGUGUAGGCAACUCUUGUGACUUAGUGGAAGGUCAUUUGACCAAUGGGCAGUUGGCGUCUGGAGACAAAACCUGUGUUGAAGAAAAGGCACCAGAACAUAAUGUCACUGGACAUGGAGAUGGGAAUACUCACAUUAACACAGAGAGGAAUGGUGAUAGCAGAAAAGAUAACAGUCCAAGAGAAAAUAAAAAGCAUGACCCUCAUGACAUAAUUCGCUAUGAAUUUGAAUUCCCCUCGGAACUCUGUGGUCGCCUGAUUGGAAAACAUGGCAGCACCAUAACUGCAAUCAAAACAAAAUCAGACACUGAGAUAUCUUUAAGUCGUCAGUCCUACAAUGAAACUUUUCAGAUUUGUGCAAUAGAAGGUACCAAAGACAAUGUAGAUUAUGCACUGAAACUGAUUCGGAGAAAAUUUCCCAAAAAUCAGUUUCCAAAUGUUGAUCUGCGGCAGUUAUCCACACAUGUCCAAGAAGCUAGUCCAGUCUUAGCACCAGAAAUGAUGCAGUUGACCCUGCCAGAAGGGGUGAUGGUAGAUGUCAUAGUUUCAAGUAUCGUAAAUGCCAGUCACAUUUUUGUCCAGCAACCUACCCACCCCACUUAUCCUUCCUUGGAAAGAUUAAACCAGUUCAUGAUCAUGUGCUAUCAGCAUGAUGGAAUUGUUCCUCAACUACCUAGGCCUAUAGAAGUUGGUGUUAUCUGUGCUGCUCCAAUGAUGGAUGGUUGGUAUAGGGCUCAGGUGGUCAGUGUUCAGGAUGAGACCGAUGAGUGUGAUAUCAAGUAUGUGGACUAUGGAGGAUAUGCCAGGAUACAGGCGUGUGCAUUGAAGCAGAUCAGGAGUGACUUCAUGACUUUACCAUUUCAAGCCUGUGAAGCAUAUUUAGCUAAUAUAACACCAUUGGAAGGCGAGGAGAGUUACUCCCUGGAAGCUAGUGCUGUGCUAGAAGAGGUGUCACAGGGACGUAUGUUGCAGCUCCAGACUCUCUCAGCAGCAGCAGAUGGCAUACCAUAUGUGCAAUUGUACACGCAAGGUGCACAAGGAACAUUGUUUACAGCACAAAAUGGAGAACCAGUAUGGCCUCCACAAUCUGAACCUAUCCUAAUAAACCGUGACCUUGUGGAUCGAGGAGUAGUACGAUGGGUUGAAAACCAAGAAAAUGCCCAACUUGCUGUGAGGGACUAAUAUGAAGAGGUGGAGUUGGAAUACACUUUGUCAACACUGUCUCAAACACACUGUAAAGGUUUUGUGUGGACUUCAGACAGAUUGAGUUAUGACAUUAACAUGAAAAAUGGGAAUUUUACCUAAAAAGUGUGUUGUUUAUUAAUCCUUUCAGAUAUCUCUGUGAGCUUGGAUUUAAAAUGUUGGGAUUGUUGCAGUGCUAGAUGCAGUGGCAUGAAUGUUGAAGAUAGAUUAUAGUUGUAGUUACAAGGACAUGGCAUGUAUCAUUGUGUUUAUAUCUUAUGAAAUGGUGGGGGCACAGUGUACAUAUCUUUGUAUGUUUCUUUUUGUUUUUGUUAAUAGCGUCCGAGACGUACUACUGCCACAAUAUGAAAAAAAAUCCUAUAGACAUAAUACGGAGGUUUACAGAAUUGCCUGCAAUUUGUUGAUCCUAGUUGAUGCUGCCAAGUUGUUUACAAAUCUCAAUAUUUGAACAUAAUAAUUGAUGAAAAUUUCAGUUUGCUACCACAGGCAAUUUUAAGCAAGCAUGGUCCUUCAUAGUUACUUUAAUACAGCAGAUACUACUUAUGACAUUGUUAUCACACAGAAAUCAUUUUCUCAGUACCAUGCAUUGUAAUGUUAUAAAACCCUUGUUGCCAAAAGUUAUAUAGUGUUACUGUACUAUAUUAAUCUGCAUUUAAAUUGAUCUGUUGCUGUUGUGUUUGUCAAUCUAUAUAUAUAUAUGUACUUUGCUUCCUUUUAAGAAAUCUCGCUCUCAUAUGUUUUUCUUACCCUGUAGUGUUCAGCUGUUAAUGGUCUUUUGCUAUAUUCUGUGUAUUCCUAUGCAAUGCAUUUGUUUUGGACUUAAGUUUUCAGUGCCAAUAGACACCAUUUGUUUAGAUUGCCAUACUCCUAAUUACCGUAUUAAAAACUCGCUGUCUCCACACACUUGUUAAAUGGUCUUGGGGGAAUGUGGACCUCCAUAUUAAUUUGCAGUCACAUGGUAGCCCACCACAACGAUUUUAUACUUAGUUUCUUGGAAAGUUGCAUGCCACAAUACUUGGCAUAAUAAUAUCGUUUGGGAUUAUGUGUGAAAUAAUAAUCAGCAGGAAGUUACAGGUUUUUUAUAUCUUAUGUUAAAAGGGGAAAAAUGGAAAGAAACUUGUAAAAUAUUCUUUAAAGAAUUGCCAGAAUUGAGUGAAUAUGACAAAAUUGCCUGUUUAAAAAGAUUUACAUAAUUUUUUCUCCAAAUUUUGGUAUUUUUAAUUGUGAUGUGAAGAAAAAAGGGUGCUUACUUGUGACUUUUGCAGGACUUCCAAGUAGUUUCCAAAGAAUAAUUUAUCUAGUACAGCAUUUUUGGCAAAAAGAGAAUAACACUGAACAAGUAAAGAAUUGUUUUAAGAGGUUUCAGUUACUGAAAAAAAAGCGAAUGAAGUCUACAUUUAAAAUAUGUAGUAAUAUUUCAGUUUUGUUGUGUAGUUUAAAUUAAGCUUGGUUAUUAUAUAAUUUUUUUAGAAUCUUGAAAUAUUUCUCUAGUUUUUGUGAAUACGUACUGGAUUACUUUUAUGUAGUAACCUUGUGUAUGGAAAUAAAAUUUGA